AUGCCGCAAAAAAAGAAAAGUAGUCUUUCUCAAUACACUAGAAGGGCUAAAAGGAUGAGACAAGUUCGAUCGCAAGAGACAAAUGAGGAUCGUGAGCACCGUUUAGCUUACAAUAGAGAACAAACUGCGGAAUCUCGGGCAUCAGAGUCCAGUUUUAAUAAUGAAACGCGCUUAGCUACAGAUCGCGAACGUCACGCGUUGUCUCGCGCUUCGGAAACAUUAACAAAUUACUCUCAGCGUUUAAAAGUAGACCGUGAACGUCAUAUCGAGUCUCGAGCUUUAGAGACGUUUACGGAGCAUUCAGAAAGGUUGACUGCAGAUCGUGAACGUCAUGCUGAAAGUCGCGCUUCAGAAACGUUUACGCAAUAUUCAGACCGCUUGACAGCAGACCGUGAUCGUCAUGCUGAGUUUCGCGCUUCGGAAACAUUUACGGAGUGUUCAGAACGGUUGACUGCAGACCGUGAACGUCAUGCUGAGUCUCGCGCUUCAGAAACGUUUACUCAAUAUUCGGAACGCUUGACUGCAGACCGUGAGCGUCAUGCUGAGUCUCGCGCUUCAGAAACGUUUACUCAAUAUUCGGAACGCUUGACUGCAGAUCGUGAGCGUCAUGUCGAGUCUCGCGCUUCGGAAACAUUUACGGAGUGUUCAGAACGGUUGACUGCAGACCGUGAAAGUCAUGCUGAGUCUCGCGCUUCAGAAACGCUAACUCAAUAUUCGGAACGCUUGACUGCAGACCGGGAACGUCAUGCAAGAUCACGUGCUUCGGAAUCAUUUACUCAAUAUGAAGCGAGGUUAGCAGCAGAUAAGAGAGCCGUUCGGUAA